UUAGCGCCUCGCCUGUCUCUGUCCCUGCCCGGCUCGCCGAGCCCUCCAGCCCCGCAGCCAGGGCUCCAGUAACCCAUUUGGCAGCUCGGGUAAUCCGAGCCUGGGAGGAGCCCGCCCCGAACCCGCCACCCGGCUGCCUCCUUCGCGCCGGGCUCCGCCCCAGCGCGGCUCCUCCCUUCGCAUCUUUUGCCGAGCCCCGAGAGUAGCUGCACCUUUCCCCGGCGCGCUCCUCCGGCUCCGUGCCCAGCGCAACCACCGGACUCGGAGGGUCCUGCUCGCUCGGGGCGCCGAAGGGCAGGCGAGGGCUGCGGGGACCGCCCGGGACUGAGCAGGAUCUGCCCGCAGCAGGAAUUGGAGCUGGAAGUGGGAGCCCGAGGAGGAGGCGCUCGGGGAUCGCCCGCCGCUGUUGGGCUCCGGAGGGGACUUGCCGGGCGGAGGGUAGCGCAGCUGCCCCGCUCCUAGGCAGGGAAGGGCCGAGGAAUCCGGGCAGAGCUAAGCCGAUCCCUGGGGCAUCACCGGGGGACGAGGGGUCAGAGCUGCUGCCUGCGCUCUCCUCCCGCGGGGAUCCCUUCAGCCAAGCGGCCGCGGGCUGCAGAGGGGCGAGUUGGAGCCGCGGGGCAGCCCCGGGCACCGGAGAGCCGCCUGCCACCCUCCGGGACUCCGGCUGGGCGGGCAGGGAGGAGCAGCCGGCUCCCAGCCACGUGCGCGGUGUUUGGGGUGCAGGGUUCCGGGGGCUCCUCUCCCAACCAGCCCGACCCUAGUCCGGAGCGGGAGGCGGGCGGCUGCGAUAUGCCCCUGACGCCGGUUGGAUACUUGGAGCCCGGACGGGGCCGCCAUGGGACUUCCCGGUGAGGAUGCGCUGGAGCCGGAGCCUGCCCGCUGCUCCAGCCUGGCGUGAGGCGUUCACCGGCCGGGUGGGGACUCGUCCUUGCGCUGCCUGGCUCCCUCCAUGGAGGGCGCGGACCCGGGGCACCUGACCCUGCUCUUCAUGGCUCGGGAGCGGAGAGAUUCCUCUCCCUUGGGACUCACCAGGAGACGCAAUUGAGGAGUCUGGAUUUGGCCGGGCUUAAAGAGUUUCAAUGUUCUGACUUGCUCUAAGAUGAAGGUAUGGAAGUUUGCAGCCAUUGCCUCGAUGCUCCUCAGUUCCAUGUUGUCCAUUUUAGUUUGUAGAGACAUGCUCAACGGAAGCCGGAAAUACAGCCCCUUCCCUUCCUCGCCGUCAAGGUCAGCCUCCUCUUCUGCCUUGCCUGUAGGCCAGCGGAGAUCCCCGCGAGCCCUGGAGCACCGUGACCCACUGAUCUCUCAAUACAGUACCUUGUUUGAAAGCUACACGGAGGGGGAAAUCCGACAGCUGAUCUCCACGCUGGUCGAGAGGUACAGCCAGUCCAUGAACUCCGGGGGGCAUGAGCUGCCGCUCUUCCCUAAGCCUGGGAACCGCAUGAAGCGAGCCCGGGCCCGUCACAAACCCUGCGCCCUGAAGGAGCUGGAGGUGAGCGUCAGCGAGCUGGGCCUGGGCUAUGAGUCAGACGAGACCGUGCUGUUCCGCUACUGCAGCGGCACGUGCGAGACGGCCGUCAGGAACUACGACCUCUCCCUGAAGAACAUGAGGCUCAAGAAAAAGAUCAAAAAGGAGAAGGUCAGAGCCCGGCCUUGCUGCAGGCCUCUCGCGUACGACGACGAUGUCUCCUUCCUGGACACUUACAACCGCUACUACACCGUCAACGAGCUGUCGGCCAAGGAAUGUGGCUGCGUGUGAAGCGGGGAAAGGGAACCUGGGAAGGUUGAUGUCGGUAAGGCAGCGCCCCAAAAGCCAAGAGCGCGAGGGCCUAAAGGGAUAUUGCUGCGCUCCGAGAGCGAAAGGAACUAAGAGGGGACCCAGGCUCAGAGAGUCAAGAAGGCAACUGUUUCCAAGUCUACCUCAGUUCUGUGGUUGGACUCUAGGGGCAACAGGGAAACUCUUGAUGCCGGGUUGUGCUUUGAGAGAAAUCGAGGAGCCUUUCGACACUUCGACAGGUGCCUCCGCGCUCCCCCCACCGGCCCGGUGCCCCUGAGCGUUGGGAUGCUCUAAGAAGGAGGAGCUGGGGAAUGGAGAAGAAGGAGGAAACACCUGCUGAUUUCCUCAGGGAUGCCGGCAUCCGUCACGCCAGCCUGGCAUCCACGUGUGCUUUUAUUUUAUUGCUCGCACAAAGGGAUUUAGCAGGAAAGCUUUGCCGGCCAAGUAUUUCAGAUCCAAAAGGUGCCACUCGUCCUUGUCUUUGGAUGCAAUUGGACGGCCAGCUCCGAAACUGCGAUCCAGUCGGAAAGGAGGAGUCAGAUUGGCAUCCACAUUCCUAGUCCUACGAAAACUGAGGCCUCUUCUCAGAGGCGCCCCUCCGAGACGGAUUGCGGCCUAAAGAGAAUUGCACCAGGGCACCGAGUUCACGCGGAUGGAACCUUUUUGGGUGCGGAUAAAUGACUGAACGGUCAAGAAAUAUUCUUUUAUAUCCUAAGAUCAUAUCUUACCCUUAUUUUAUUGUAGACAUGCAGUAUAUUCAUGCUCUGUAAAUAUACAGGAAUAUAUAGAGAGAUAGAGAUAUAAAUAUUGAUGGCAAUCGCAGACAUACAGAAUAGUAUCAUUCCUUCACAGCUGUUACGCCAACGUUAUAGUGAGGUCAAUGAACAAUUGUUGGAUGCUUCCCUCCCCCGACCCCAGCCAUUCUAUUGACCUGGGCCAGGAGAUGAUCUUAACAUACCUGUCCGGUUGGUGGGUUUAACCAGAGAGAGGGCGAGGAAGAGGAUUGGCGUGGGGCAUGGGGGUGAUGAGAAUUUCAAAGCUGCCUUAAUUUUAAUGGGAACUGGGUGUUCUGAUCUCCUAGGCAGCCUUGAAAAUCUCCAUGUUCCGCAUCAGGCAUAUUGACAUUCAGGUAGUCAGGAAGUGUGAUUGUUGAGAAGGAAUUUCCCGUGUUUCUACUGCUUUGAGCACCUCCUUUGCUUUCCAUCUGGCAAGCCUGCUGUCCUGCUGAAAUAAACCAUCAUGCCUCUCCCUGGACUAGCUUUGCAGGGACACUGCUGUAAUAGAGUUACUGGCACCUAUGCUCCAGCAGGGUCUACAGACUUCAUUGGACACGGAGGGCAGGUCUAUGCUACAAACUUGCAGCUGUGCUGCUGUCGCGCGUCCAGUGAAGACGCUCUAAGCUGACAGCAGAGAGUUCUUAAUAAUUCCACCUCUGUGAUAGGCAGUAGCAAUGUCUGGCUACACGGGGGGGUUGUCAGUAUAACUCCAUUGCUCAGGACCGUGGAUUUUUCACAUCCCUGAGCGAUGAAGUUAUACUGAAGUAAGCGUGUAGCGUAGACCUGGCCUAAGACUUGGGUUUGCAAAGGAGCCUAAGGCCUCGUCUACACUUCAAGGUCAUAUCGCUUUGACUAUACUGGUGUAAUUAAAACGGUCCAACUUCCCUAGUGUGGACAUGCUUAUAUUGGUAUAAAGGUGCUCAUAUUAGUAUAGGGAAGGAGAAUAAACUAUAAAGCAACUUUUAUCCUAGUAUAACUGUGUCCACACUAGGAGCUCUACUGGUAUAACUAUACUGGUCAAAAAUCACACUCCUAACCCAAAGAGUUAUACCAGUACAAAAUCUGUGUGUAGGCCAUGCCUAAGGGAGUUAGGCACCCAAAUUCCAUUGAGUUCCGUGCAGUGGGGAUCAUUUGCCAGUAAGGCUGAGUGUUGACGCUGCCUUGGGGCUUCCCGUUCAUUUUGAUUGGGAUUUGGGCAUCAAACGCCUUUGAAAAUACCAGCCUUGGGCUCUGCUUUCCCAAAGACUGGGGUGACUGUUGAACCCAGCCUUCCACUUGGCUGUGCAAAAAACUGGGGGGGCUGCUCCAGCCUGGGCCGUCCUGUGAAAGGAAAAGGAGUUCCCUGGCAUUCAUACACAACUUUCCUUCAAAUGUGGCUUUUUAAUGGACAAACGUUUGGUGUUUCCACCCCCCUUAGGGCCUGAUCCGAUUCCCGCUGAGAUCAGCAGAAAGCCUCCCAUCUCACAAGAGCUGGUGUCGGCCUUCAGAUCCAUUCUAGUCACCUCUUGUUUGCCCGCUCACUGGAACGAUCUCUUUCCCAUCUUCCCUCUCAUCAGCUUUUUGUCUUAAGGCUCAUGCCAACCUACGGUAACUGGAUCAACUCUCCAUUUCCUCCACCGUUGCUGGUGUCGGCUCACAUGACCAGGUUGUCCUCAGUGUAAAAUGGUUUAGAAACACUCUGGAGGAUGAGAGAUGGGUGUUUCCAUAGGAUGGCGUUUUAGUCUGAGGGCUAGGGAUGCAUUGGGUGGUGAUACAGUGGAAGACCAGAGCGAUAAAAUUAGGAUGCAUAUCAGCAAUAACAUCCUAGCUGGAGCUGUAAUAGAAGUUCAGUGGCAGAUCAGAAGGGCCAGAUCCCAAUCCAGAAGCAGUUGAAAUCAACAAGUCCAUCAGGAGCCGCGUGUCAGGUUGCCAACUUCGUAAUAUUUAAAAACCAGACACUCCAGCAGGAGUGCCGGCAGCUCCCCUGCCCCACCUGUUCCCCCCAAGGCCCCACCCCUGCCCCUCCUCUUUCCCCUCCCCCCUGUUGCUUGCUUGCUGCUUUUCCUCUCCAACCCCCCGACCUGUGUCAGGAGGGACUCACCUGCAGAGCCAGGCCUGGGAGCUGCUGCUGCCCAACACAGGUAGGAGGCGGUCCCGGCUGAGUAGGAGCUGGAGUGGGUGAUGACUCGGCGCAUCCCUGCCUCCCCUGCUCCCAGUAACUGGACUUUGAGUGUCCAGUCAAUAGAUCUGACCGAACACUCUCAGGUCCCCUUUUCGACCGGACUUUCCAGUCGCAAACCAGGCACCUGGCCACCCUAGAGCUUGCACCUCUACAGAUAAGAUGGGGCUGAAAUCCAUAGGAAUCUUAAGAACCCAACUUACAGCAGCCUUUGAAUGCAACAGGAAACACUCAGCGCAAUCACCUGAGCCCGAACCCUAGAAGGACUCGGAUUUAGCACUUCCCACCCAGUUGGCCGAAUGUACGAGAGGGUGGUGAGCUGUGUGUGCUGGUCUGCUGUUUCGUCAGUUCCUUGUCUCCAAAGAACCCAGGCCCCGUUCUUCCCACGGCACGUACACAAGUGCUUCCCAUUGACUUCACUAGCGUAGAGUCGCUUGUAUCAUGGGUGAGAGAAGAACCAGGCCCUUUCUGUCUGUGGUUAGCGUUUACAGCCGGGUCAGUGUUGUUUACUAUGUGGGGAAAUAAAUGAGACUCCAGACUUUUGCAGUCUCUGAACAGGCUAUAUUUGUCGCGUGGAGUAGCUGGUUUUCUCCUCCUGGCUCCUUUCCCAGCUAAUGCAAAUGGUAAACAGAAGGCGAAUAUUGGUGUCAUGUCCUGGGCAUUCACCAAGGCAAUGGAAAAUUAACAGGCCUGGAAUUCUCUGAUUGUUAUUGACGUCCCCGUCUUUUGCCCAACUGUGGGCCAGGCUCUGAUCCCAGCUACAACCGAUAUAAAUCGGAAGACGCCCCACGUGAAAGUGGCGGAGGUCGGAAUCUGUCCCUCUUGUUUCUUUUUCACAGCAGUCAGGGGAAAACGUGUUUCUUCCUUCCUGUUCGCAUAGAUAAUGAGCCGCUGCGGCUGGGAUUUGCAAAGGAGACAAAGGGAGUUAGGCACCCAACUCCAAAAAAAAAUGUCAAGGGGGAGUUGGGAGCCUGACUUUGAAAAUCCCGGCCUAUAAUGUGAAUGGGAACCCACAUACUUCUUGUGCGUAUCUCCUGCAAGACAUGCAAAAUGUAACGUGGCGCGUGAAUAGCACAGAUUUCUGACCCCUGCCAAAGGUCAGGCUUUUUUGCAUUGGAUCCAAAAGCUGCUCUUAGCUGAACGGAGCCAAGAUGUAUCAAAGCAAUAUAAACAUCAUCAUUCAGCAGCCUUUGACUCACUUGCACCCUGCUUCCAUAUAAAAGCAGGCUGCCGGGCUCUGGAAUCCUAAUCUUUACCCUCACCUUUGAAAGAGGAGCCCAGAUGUAGAAACUGGCAGGAGGAGAGGGGAAUAGAGUCCAUCUGUUGGCUUUGUACACACAUGGAAAACCGCCGGUCAGUUUGCAAACGGCAGCUGUUUACCGCAAGGCUUUGCUUCUGCCGGGUUCCCAUAUACCCAGCUUUACAAACCAUGUCUAAUGCCCUACUGGGAAUGCGAACAUGGUGUACUUAAAGUCUCUUCAGCAGCAGGGUUGGCUAACCCAGGCUCCUGCUAGUUCAGAAGUGACAAAAGCCAAUGUGUAUAUUUUCUAAAAAAUACAGCGAACAUAGCACAAGACGUUCCACCUCCUAAUGCAGGCUGCGCACGAGAAUUCAGCCUGAGGCUGUGUGGUGGAAUUCCCCUAUUUGGGAUUGAUUCUACGGUCACUUACGCCGUUUUUUUACUCCACUGCAAGUCUGUUGUUUAGUGGGAUUGCUGCUGAUUUGCACUGUGGUACCUGGGAGGCGAAUUGGUCCCUUGAAUCCAUUCCACCUGUGUCUCGGGCCUUUGCUUUUCAUUUUAUUUGAUGUGCCAAAUUCUGUGAUGACUUAUGCCAGCUCCCGCCACGCCCUUAUGCAACUCCAAGGAGCUAAGAUUCUCCAUUCACAAGAGUAACUGUGUUGAAGUCGGAGUUGCAUCAGUGCGAAAUUGGCAUUAGUGACUGGAGAAUCCAGUUUACUGGCUUCAUGGAGAAUUGCCCGAGGUAUAAAUCAGAUCAGAAUGUCACCGAGGUGAUAGAUAAAUCAAAGACACGUGUGAUUUUUUAUGACUAUUCACUGUAGACUAGUGUGACGAAGAUUAGCCCUUGGCCAGAAUCAGUGUAGGGUGAUAUUUACAUCCGGAGGAAAUGUGAUCUGCUAGCAUCAGUCAAGAGAUUCCAUGUGUGCGUAAACUGAAUGUCACUUUUGGAGACAAGAAAGCACUUCGGUAAUCCAUGUGGGCCGUGGCAGAGCCCUAGGGAAGAUCAAUGCUAAUUUCUUCAUGGUUUUCAGUUCCUUUAGGCAUGCAGAAAAAUAAGCCAUCAUGAAAGAUGUCAGGGAAUGGAAGAAUUGAUGCAAUAUGAGAGGUGGCCAUAGUGUUUGGGUGCAGUCGUUCAGAACCCAAAUAGCUCCUUGUUUUCCUUUGUUCUUAUCCCCUUCCUGUUACAUCUGCUAGUCCUGGCUAUUGGUAGGAACAAGGGUUUGGUUGGGGAAUGUCUCUUCUUCAUGCACCACCCUGCAUUCGCUUGUGAACAAUGGGAGUUUUCCCAUGGAUUCAGUGGGUGCUCGAUCAGUUACAGAGCUAAGUAAUGUGAAAGGUAAAGGCUUGUAAGUAAUGAAUGCAGGUGCAGAAAUCUGGAUUGAUUCAUUGUGGGGAAGGGGAAAAGGGGGGGCGAAAGCUGACAAAUAUUCAAUGGAUUUAUUCCCAGCAAACAGUCUGACCAGCACUGCCUACACAAUUGCUAUUUCAAUUAUUCUUUCCGAGCAUGGCUUGUGUCACAGCAACAGUUCUGAAUGAAAAAAAUCCCCUCAUACCGCCUCAGGCCAUGGGCCUGGCUAGCAGAUGCAAUAGCAUUCAGCUUGGGAGCUGGGAUCACGGGAUGUUCUAUUUUCAAGAGAUGAGAGACGCGCUCUUCUGACUUCUAAAAAAAACUGAAGAAGAGCAAAUGGCCUCUUGAACAUUUGGUUCCCAGCCCACUCCACUCUAAAAGUUAACCUGGUUUUGUUUGCAGAGUCUCCGGUUUAGAAAGAAAAGCUGAUCGGUGGCUGGGGCCAGAAUGCAGCAGACAGGGAACAGGGAUUCUGUGGGUUGACGUACUGGGGUAGAUCUUCAUUGCAGAGUUCACUCGGGUGGGAAACGGUUUUCCCAUCCUGCCACCAUGUUUGAGAUUUUCGAAAUGUUCCCUGUUCCGCGGUGUGAUGAAAUCAAGACCUUUUGGAAUUUGUCGUGGAAAACGAGAGAGAGAAACACCCAGAAUAGCCAAUAGCCCAUUCCUGGAAUAUAGGGAGAGCCACUGUCCUGGAAAUGGGUCUCCCCCAACCACCCCAGCACUGUGCCCUGAUCACUGGGCAGUUGGCUACUCUGGGGGGUAGGGGGAGUAGGCGUCUCUUUUAUUUUCUUGUGCGAAACCUUCCUGAAACUAACCCUUUCCUGGGGAAAAAUUCAAUUUUGAUGAAUCAGCAUCUUCUGACCAAAAAACCCCACUUUUUUCCAAAAAACUCCCAACCAGCUACACUUGAAUUAUCUACACACCAGCUGGCUCCUCUCAUGCGAGCCAAGCUUGAGUGAGAGCGGCCACACCACAAGGGAACACUCGAGCAGCCGUGUGCUCACUGGCGCUGCACUCACACAUGCGUGGCACUAAGACUUAUGGGAAUAUUUAACCCGUAAUGCCUUGAGCCCGCAGUAAGCAGAGCUACUCUGACACCGAUUUCCUAGUGAAUUCUGGGAGAGCUUCCUGUCUGGCCACACUUGGGGAAUUGUGGGAAGGCUCUGGAGGAGCAGAGGUUUGGGAGUGGCAGUAGCUUGCAUCCACACUACGGGGUGGUUGUGUUAGCAACUGAUGAGUUGUGCUCUCUCAAGAUGUAACCUGUAGCCCCGGACAGGCCAGCCUAUUUGAGCUAAAUGCAGCGCCAUACUCCAGUGAGGGCCGUCUGUGUGCGGCUGGGACUCGAGUUCGGGGCAACACUCAACGUAUCUUUGCAGGGAAGACAAACUCUUAUGGUCUGAGCCUGUGGAAAUUAUUCACCAUCACACGAGGCUCCCACUGAAAUCAGAGGGAAUUGGGGGGAAGAGUUUGGUUUACACUGAUGUCAGUGGAGUCACACCUGGUUUAAGUGAUGUCCAAAUCAGGCCUAAAGGCCAAGAUUUUCAGACGUCUCUAGUGAUUUCGGGUGCCUGACCUGAGUUACCUUAAACGGGCCUGAUUUUCAGCAAGCGCUGAGCUACCCUCCCACCUGCCCCCUGGAAAUCAGGGCCCCUUAAGGGUGUAUCCAGCUGGGCACUGGGGAUUGCUAGUCACUACAGAAAAUCUUGGCCUUUCGAGCUGGAUUCUGAAAUCACUUAUGCUGGUGUAAAAACAGGGUUGCCGGGUUUGGUUGGACGUAUUCCUGGAGGUUUGCUCACGUGACAUCAUCUUUCAUCAAAGCGUCCUCUUUCGUUCCAGGAGACUCCAGGACCUAAAACAAAAUGGGCCCAGUGAGCCAGCAUUAUAACCCGUGUGAGUCAGAAUCAGGCCCUUCGAGUUUAUUCAUGGAGUAUGACUGUUUCCUAUAUAGCGAUACCGAUCUUCUCCCUGCCCUUCCUGGAACCCACGCUAACGCUAAUGUAGAGGUGUGACUAACUCACCGGUCACUGAGAGCUACAGGUCCCGCUCUGGGCCUGAUCCACAGAGGAUAUGUCUGUUGCAACCCUAGCUAGGGAAUUUUAGCAGCUUGUGCUUUUAGUCUCUGAGGUUCCCCGCUUCAGUCCCCAGGGUGCCAGCCAAGGUGGCAGCUAUCACAUCUCACUCUAGAAGAGGACGUGAUGAAUAGACAGGUGGGAGACUUGCAGCUGUAGUGAGAGGCAUGGAAACAGGAGCGAGCCAGGGAGAGAAAUGGCUCCCGUUGGUCAGAUCUCGGCGCUGUUGUCGCAAAGAUGUCCCAGAAGGAGGGACUGUGGAAUGACUUCUCCUGAGCCGAUCUCAGUAUCUUCAGGAUAGGAACUGUAGCCAUUUCCUGUCUGUGGUGUUGCUAAACAGCUGGUGUGUUGCACCCCAGAGGAGGCUGCAUUUUUGGGGGGUGGAGUGGGAGUGACUCCUUGGGCCAAGUCCCAUCCUCAGAUACCUGCAUGUCACUUGUAUGUGUCCCAGGGCAGAAUUUGGCCACCGUUUGUACAAUGGGUUCUUGAAGUGCUUUGAGAUCUGUCUGGAUUGGCCGGCACCGAAUCGUUGUGACAGGAGGGGUUGCCAAGGGAAAGUGAAGUUUCAUUAUAUGGAGUGUUGAGGCCAUCCAUUAACUCGGCGCUACAGCUGCCCUGUUCGCCUCGGUUUUCCAGCCGACGGUUGAGCCUGCUUUUUCUCAUCUUCAAGUUGAUGAAAAUGUUCUGAUCUACCCGAAUGCCCAAUAAAGCCAUUGAAAGCCUUGCUGACUGCCGUGUCAUUCUGGCUACCAACCUGCUCCAGCCCAAGGCGAUUCUGCCUGGUGUUUGCAGGCAGGGCGUCGGUUAGUAAAACCCCUUUCCAAAAAUCAGAGCCCCAUUAUUAGUGACAUACCAAGGAAAUGAUUCAGUAGCACAGCAGAGGGCACUCGAAUGCCUGAUCUCUGCGGUGCCGUACCACAAAUGUGGCCGGCUGAAUUGGUUUGGUUUGAUUUCUUGUUUGAAUGUGAGUGUUAACGUUUGGGUUUCCGAAUGCCAAGCUCCCUCCCUCUCGCCAAAGGAUUUUUAUGUGUGUGUGUCCUGUCCAGGGCUGUAUUUGGGGCCAUUACACAGAGGAACUGUAAGUCCCUCUGUUUGUGUUAUGUAAUAAUGUUGCUCAAUCGGUCACAUUCUGUGUGCUCCUCCAUUGCUUAUUCACUGAAAUCUGUUUUUAAUAGGCUCUCUCUCUAUUAUUUGACAAAUGCUUCUGCAUCUCCUUCUCGGCUGCAGUAAGAGAUUUUACGCCUCCCAAAGAAUGUCUAAAAUGCAGAAAGGAGGCGAAAGGAUGGAAAAGCCUCUACGUGAAAGCGACAUCCAAAUCUGCCGCCUGGCUCUUUCUUCACCAUCCCAUGAAUUAUUUAUUGUUAAUAACAAUAACAUCUGUUAUGGUUUUUUUUUUCCUCUGCAACUUGCAUAUCUGUAUGCUGCAGAUCGGCCAUUAGCUUUAAAUAUACCCACCAAUAAAGGGCAAAGAUAUUUCAUAGCGUUUGAAAAAUGACAAGCUUUCCAGACACGACGCAUUUAAAAAAAAAAAUUCUGGCAGUUGUGAUCAAGCCAUGAGAGUUGGUAGAUUAUUUUACCCUCUUCUGUCUGCUAAUGAGCUACAAGCACAAUUCACUGUGUUUUUACUAUAUAUCCAUAGCAUUGGCCAGUGCAAGAAGGAUUGUGAAGUACAGAGGUGUUUAGGAGACUGAUCCUUCUGUCAUUUAGACCAGUUGCAACUCCACUGGCUGCAUUGGAGUCACUUCUGAUUUGUAUUGAUGUAUGUGUGAGAAGCAGCCCAAUUUCAUUGUUUUCAUUUGAGUGAAACCAUUGGCAAACGGGCCAUUCCUUACUUAAAUAGUUCCAGAAACUUUGUAUUAAAUCGGUUUGCCUAAUUUAUGAAGACAAAUUAUUUUUAGGGAGGGAAAAUAAUCUGUUUUCUUAAUAAACAGAGUUACUGAAUACUUUCAAUAUUGGUUGAGCAAGGAAUACAGUUAUGGCAUAGUCCCCAUUUCAAAGAGGAGAGUAGUUUCAGAUUAAUUGAAAGAAACACAAUGGGAAUGGGAAACAAUAUUUCAUUUCUCUUUUUGUAAAUUACACAGGAGCAAGUUAUUUUACUGGGUUCUUCCUAGUAACCACGGUCCAUUCUUCAGUGCUGGUCAAUUUCAUCUGUUCAGUCGCUUCCAUUCCCGCAUUGUUGGCUCGAAUGACCAACUGCAAGAAGUUGAUGCAAUGCAUCUGUAUGUGAGAUGAUCUCUAUUUAUUCAAAGUAACUUAUGUUAUUUAUUUAGAUACUGUAGUGUGCAGUCUACAUAAAGCAUUCUUUCUUUCUUUCUUUUUUUUAUUUAUUGAGCAAAAAUGGUGCCAGUGCAGUUUACAUUUAUUACAUUUUACCAUUUAUUCUGAACAUUGAGUAAAAUGCAGUAUGAAAUAUUUUUUUUAAACAACCUAAAGCCAGCUGUGAUGCUGUUACAUACUUAAGACAAGGUGAAAAU